AUGAUGGAUGACGGAAUUACUAGAGCCAGGAUGUCUCACUCCCUGACCAUUACUCGGACGACGGUGGCCACGUCAGGCACUCCUGUCUACAUCAACAGCGGGUACAUGAGCUCCACUCCUGGACUCCUCAAACUUGCUGAAUUGUUGCUGGGUGCAGCGUGUGUUGGAGUAGUAGCAUACUACAUGGACCAUGGAUACUACCGCAUCGGCGAUGGCAAGGCGGUGUUGUUCUAUUUGCUCGUGGCCGUGGCCUGCCUCGUAGGCACGUUUUGUCUAUUCACGUCGUGCAUCGUCUCCUUGUCUACAGCUUCUAUAAUAUCAAAAACAAUUUAUGAGGUGAUAUACCACGGUGUAGCAUUUGUAUUGUACCUGGCUGCAGGGAUCACACUCAUGGUAGAAGUCAACCACUAUAAGGACCAGUACAGACGGGAUUAUGAACCGUACUUAGCUGCUGCGAUCAUGGGACUUAUCAUGGCCGCUCUUUACCUGCUCAGUACAUUCUUAGCCAAUCGUCAAUACCGCGGCAUUUAG